UUUGAUAUAUUCCUGUCCGCUUACGGUUUAUCCAAAGCAAAUAUAUUUCAAUUUAUAGUACAAGAUCAUGGCGGAAAACGCCCACCGUUAACCGGUGGAUUCUUUCUUUCUUUCUUUCUGUUCACAUCAGGUCAGUCGAUCGAGCAAAGUUAGGUAUUUGCUUUUCGAGGCCUCUGAUCACUCUCAUUUCCAUUUGUGAAUUCUUUGUCGGAAUCGAGAGAGUCCGGUUACUUCCAAGUUUGGCAAAGGAUGGAGAUAAUUGUAUGAGGGACAGUCUUUAGUUCAAGAGGAUUAUGGAGUUGCUAUCCCUGUUCCCCCAUUUUGUAACACGGCCACCAACAACUAUGUGGUUGUGGUCCUUGUGCGGCUUCUUACUAUGCAUGCUACUUAAUGUCGGGGGAAUUCUAUCAGCAUCCUCUUAUUUGAUUGGCCUUGGAAGCUAUGAUAUAACAGGUCCGGCAGCAGAUGUCAAUAUGAUGGGAUAUGCAAAUAUGGAACAGACUACUUCUGGAGUUCACUUUAGACUCCGAGCUCGUACAUUCAUUGUGGCAGAACCUCAGGGAGAUCGUGUAGUAUUUGUGAAUCUUGAUGCCUGCAUGGCCUCACAGAUUGUCACGCUAAAAGUUCUUGAAAGGCUGAAAGCGAGGUAUGGAGACCUGUAUAGUGAACAUAAUGUUGCUGUCAGCGGCACUCAUACUCAUGCUGGUCCUGGUGGUUAUCUGGAAUAUGUGAUAUAUAUUGUGACAUCUCUUGGAUUUGUACGCCAAUCAUUUGAUGUCAUUGUUGAUGGAAUUGAGAAAAGCAUAGUGCAAGCUCAUGAGAAUCUUCACCCGGGUUCAAUUUUUGUGAAUAAAGGAGAGCUCUUAGAUACUAGUAUAAACCGUAGUCCUAGUGCUUAUCUCAACAACCCAGCGACAGAAAGGAGCAAAUAUAAGUACAAUGUUGAUAAAGAAAUGACUCUUUUGAAGUUUGUAGAUGAUGAAUGGGGACCAAUAGGCAGUUUCAAUUGGUUUGCAACACAUGGAACUUCCAUGAGCCGAACAAACUCAUUGAUUAGUGGUGACAAUAAAGGAGCUGCUGCACGAUUUAUGGAGGAUUGGUAUGAAAAUAGAUCUUUCGCAAAUGAUUUUGGAAGUCUGAAUUAUGAGACAGCUGGCGAUGUUAGAAUCCCUCGAAGAGUGUCCAGCAUAAUUCCCAGCCUUCAUAAAAACCGUAAAGAGUUGAUGGAACUUGCAUCUUCUUUCCAGUCUUCACCUGGAAAACCAGCAACAAAAAUUUCAAGUGUUGCUAGAAGGGUAAGAAGUGCCCUUAGGCAGGCUGACAGCCCGCAAUUUGUAUCUGCAUUCUGCCAGUCAAAUGUUGGUGAUGUUAGCCCAAAUGUACUUGGUGCAUUUUGCAUGGACACUGGGCUUCCCUGCGAUUUCAAUCACAGUACCUGCAACGGGAAAAAUGAGUUGUGCUAUGGACGAGGCCCAGGUUACCCUGAUGAAUUUGAAAGUACACGGAUCAUUGGACAAAGGCAAUUUAGAAAAGCUGUUGAACUUUUUAAUUCAGCUUCUGAGAAAAUAAAAGGAAAGGUGAGCUACCGGCAUACAUAUGUUGACUUCUCCAACCUUGAGGUCACAAUCCCAAAGGUAGGAGGGGGGUGUCAGGUGGUGAAAACAUGUCCAGCUGCAAUGGGCUUUGCAUUUGCUGCAGGAACCACAGAUGGACCUGGAGCUUUUGAUUUCAAGCAAGGAGAUGAUAAGGGAAAUGCCUUCUGGAAACUGGUGAGGAAUUUAUUAAAAACCCCAGGCAAUGAACAGGUCAAGUGUCAACAUCCAAAGCCUAUUCUGCUUGACACUGGUGAAAUGAAGGAGCCAUAUGACUGGGCACCUUCGAUACUUCCAGUUCAGAUAUUGCAAAUAGGGCAGCUUGUUGUGCUCAGUGUACCUGGAGAAUUCACAACCAUGGCUGGCAGACGACUACGAGAUGCUGUUAAGAUGGUUCUAACUUCUGGAGGCAAUGGAGAAUUUGAUAGCAAUGUCCAUGUUGUCAUUGCAGGGCUGACAAAUGCAUAUUCACAAUAUGUGACCACUUUUGAGGAAUACCAAGUGCAGCGCUACGAGGGAGCAUCUACCCUUUAUGGUCCACACACACUAGACGCCUACAUUCAGGAGUUCAAGAAACUAGCAGCGGCCCUUGUCAGUGGUCAAAAGGUCGAACCCGGCCCACAACCCCCGGAUCUUCUUGACAAGCAAAUCAGCUUACUCCCGCGAGUAGUUGUUGACAUGACCUCUCCUGGCGCGAGCUUUGGCGAUGUAAAAGCCGAUGUUCCUUCAAAUUGUACCUUAAAGAGAGGUGACGUGGUUGCAGUCACCUUCUGCUCUGCUUGCCCGAGGAAUGACCUCAUGACGGAGGGCACGUAUGCGCUGGUCGAGCUUCUCCAGGGCGGAGACACAUGGGUUCCAGCAUACGAUGACGAUGAUUUCUGUCUUCGUUUCAAGUGGUCGAGGCCGGCUAAACUCAGUCCUCGAAGCUUUGCAACCAUAGAAUGGCGAAUUCCAGAUUCAGCAGUUUCAGGUGUGUACAGGAUAAGCCAUUUUGGUGCUUCUAAACGGCUUUUUGGUUCAAUCCACCAUUUCACAGGUUCAUCUAGUGCCUUUGUAGUGGCGUAAGAGUGAGUGCUACCACUUGUACUUACACAUCUCCUUCAACUUCCAAUUCUUCACUCCCGGACGAUGGUUUUAGCUUCAGCCUUCUGUUGUAUCUGUCCAAACAAGAAGAAAGCAACCUCGUUGUGUGACUUAGUUUCCGUUCGUCCGGCGGCUUCCUGGUGGUGUAAAAUUUUGUUGUCGUGGGGAUUUCUUUUGUAAAAAAGGCCUCUAUAAGAAUUACCUUCAAGGAAAAAUAGUUAGUUUUGUUA